AUGAUCGAGCCGCGGGCACAUCACGGCGAGGUAUCGUGUUGUAAGAGGAAGAAGAAGCAGAAGGUCUUCAUUGACGAUGCCGAGGUCGCCGCUUGGAAGGAGAGCUGGCACAACUCAACGGCAAUCAUGAGCCAUCCGAUUCUCGACCGAGCUUUCGAGAAGCACGUCCAGGACUAUCUGUGCUUGGAGUCCUAUGACUUCGUCAAAAUCGUGGAUAUGUACAUCCUGGCGGGGUCGGAGAUGGAAAUCAACAUCGAAACCGCGAUGCGAAAAAAAGUGCUCGAGGUGUGUAACAUGCGGUCACACGUUCAGUUCUUGGCCCCAGCAAAUGCUGCCGCGGUUCGUGUGGGAAAGGAAGCCUUUGUGAAGGCUGUGACGGAAAGGCGAAGAGACAUCUUCAACCCUCCGAAGGCAGAAGUCCUGAAGAUUCUUGACGACAAUCUCGUUCAGUCCUUCUUGGCAAGUCAACAAUUUCUCGACGCCUCCAAGAAUUAACAAGAAGCGCUAGCCGCAGGUAACGAUGAUCCCGCCGUCUGUACAUGCUGCAUGACCUUUCCCUUGAUUUCGGGUAUGCCACUUCAACCGAAAGUCAGUGUGAGGUUCUUUGCUUUCCGUCCCGCUGGCUGCUUCAGUCACCAAUCAAUUGUGAACUGUGUCCAGGGACGUCCAUGGACGUUUGUAACGGUUGACUUCAUGACAUGUACAUGUCCGUGGACGUCCGUCGACACGUCAGUGGGUUUCCCAUGUUUGAUGUUGUUAUAUCUCCCUGCUGCUUCUGCUGCUGCCGCCUGUGUCUUCGCAUAAGUGGCCUUUCUGAGCUCGAUCCACUAGAUCUAGACAAUUUCUUCUUUCCUACUUGGUACACCUCAAGGGGUGUGGAGCGAGUCAAUCACACUAUGGCUCAAAUGUUGGCUAUGGUCGUCAAAGAAAGGAAAGACGAUAGGGACAUUCAUUUUCCACACGUCGAGUUUGCAUACAACAAUUCGGUUAGUGCUGCUACUGGUUUAAUGCCAAACGAGGUGCACAUGUACCGCUUGCCCCGUUUACCGAUGACUGUUCUCGAGCAUCCCUACGCUCGUGGUCACCAAAGUUUGCAUCGUGAUCAACUUGAGUAUUGCGAUCUCGCUGCUGACCGCCAACGUCGUUCAUACGACUUAGUGCGUGAACAGCACCUUCUGUCCAUCUCACGGAUGGAGCGGCGGAACUCCGCCCUCUCGGAUGCUUUACGCAAGCUUCCCGUUCACACUGUCGGUGGAUGGGUUUGGAUUUACAACUCCGAAUCUACCAUUCGCCAAGGUGUUUGUUCAUGUACAGAUGACAAGGUACUCAAAGCCAAAUUGUCUCUGCUCUGGACUGGCCGGUUCAAAAUUCUGGCGGUGGGCUCGUGUUCCGAAGCCCCUGAUGGCCAUCCUUUGGCGUCUAAGUUGCUCUACUUGGACCUCCCGUCGGAUCAGCAGGGCCAAGACUCGAAACGUCGUGUGUCUGUAGUGUGUUGUAAGCCUUGUGCAAAUCCUCAUGAUACCGACGACUUGCCACGUUUUCUUCCUGCGGGUCUCACCCCGUAUGUGUUGAAUUCUUAUGCGAAUAAAUCUCCUCCCUACCAUGUUUCGGAAAACAACGUAGCGACUCCGGUCGAACGUCUCGAGUUUUUUUCGUGUCCGUCGAAGUUGAGUUGCUUCAGGCGAGGGAUUCGGGCGUGAGAAUUAGAAGCAUACCAUGCGGUCUGCUCACUGUGGGCGCCUUCUCGCGACAGCUCUUUCGGAUGGCGUGGGUUCUCCUCGUGGUUCCGGGCCUCGCAGCCCUCUCGCUCCCUCGAGCCCUCGUCCGGUAUUCGGCGCGUGGUCCAACUGACCCGCGCCAGGGAAGGCGUGCAUCCUCCCCAGUGACUCCCCCCCGCCGCCCGCUGCGGUCGCACUUCCGGCGGGCGGUGUCCCGGGCACUAAACGGGACAAGGUGUUCACGAUGCCUUCCAGCUUCUCCGUCAUCAUCUUCUCCAGUCUGGUGCUGGCGUCGCCCACGGCGUCGUCGAUGGCCGUCCUAAGCUCCUCAUGAUUCGGGCCGGCCUCGCCCCCGCCAGAGUUCCCAGAGUCUUCCGAAGACAUGUGUGUCUCCCGCACUAGACUAUGGCGUUAGCGCCACAAAACUCUAGAGUGUUGAUUGGCCCCAAGCCGAGUGCUGCUGGAUGAGCACGGCUGACCCGGUUGACAAUGUGAAGAGAUGGUGAAGUCGUUUUAUUGGUUGUCCUCGUAGACACAAGCAACGGAAGAGAGUGGGCACCCGGGUGCAUCACAAACACCGAGGCACGCGAGCAACAGUCGCAAGACGCAUUCGGAACUCGGAACACAUGACAGCAGGGAACGCGCGACAACUUGCCAAAGAUUCUACUACCGGAGAUACCCCGAAUAUCCAAAUGUCCGAUGGACGGCCACGCACUUGCGCACUUGCAUAGCUCAAAACCACACAUGAGUACUAUAGCAGUAGCCUUCGUAAGGAU